AUGGACUACGUUCAACCCACCUUCCAGCACUUUUCGCAUCACCCUAAUAAUCAUGACCAAUUAAUUUCUCAAAUGACAUCAGGCGGGGUCUAUAACGACCAUCAAUACCAAUAUUCUUUACCGCAACAUCAGCCCAACAUGAUGAAUAUGGCUACUGGACAGAAAACCAACGAGACAAAGCCUCGUCUAGGAAAGGAUGAAGUUGACAUCUUGGAGUUUGAAUUCAACAAGAACCCAAAGCCAACCACUCAAACUAAGCGUGGUUAUGCUGAUACUAUGGGUGUGGAGUUGUCAAGAAUUAAUAACUGGUUCCAGAAUCGUCGAGCCAAACGCAAGCAAGAGAAGAAAACGGAAGCAUAUGAGGCUGGUCAAGCGCGGGAAGCAUUGGGAUACUCAGUCUCCGCGCCUUCAUCUCCGGACUUUCCUCAAAGCAAUUACAAUAUCGAUUAUCCAAUGGUGCCACAACAAUCUUCUUCGAUGUCAUUUCCUACAUCCGGCCCUCCACCAGCCACGGCACCUUAUAAUCCCCAAUAUCAAAAUCCCACCACCGCGAGUCUCGAGUCUCUCCAUCGUGCCAUGGCUUCUGCUCAAGCCGGCAAUCAAAAUGGCGAGUUCUCAGGCAACUUCAAUGUACAUAACAACGAUACUCUUCAGCUCGCAAAUAUGCUUGGUAUGGGAGAGACUUCUGAUCUUGAUCGUGCUCAGUUCCCAACUGCCAAUGCCUUUAAUUAUGACGAUUCCUUCAGUUUCCAGCCUACAUUCAACCAAAAUAUCUUCGAUGAACCAGAGCAAUUAGAGCCAUUCGGUACUGGCGAAUCUGGUCACACGCCAACAGCAUUUAAUACAUUCUCUGAUGAAAGCACUACAAGGUCGCUCUCUACAGCUUCCGCUUCAUCUCAACCUUUCACGGGUGUUGUUACAUACAGACCAGCAAAACUUCCAUCUGUAGACGACACCAGCGACGAAACAACACUUCAAUUUUCAUCUCCCCCACCCUCCUCGCGGUCAUUCAAGUCUCCACGUCCUCCAACAGAUAUAGUCGCCAGGCGGAAGAAGGUCCAGGUCAAACCAGCCGCCUUGGGAACCGAUACAGUGAGAAGUAGGCCACCAAUGGGACCACGGACUGUAUCAAAUGUAGAUGGGUUCCGUCGCCAAGUUGCCAGCCCUCUACCUUCACCUAUGCGCAGGAUUGUCUCAGCGGGGGGAAAUGUUCUUACUGGUCGUAUUCAAAAGCCUGGAAUAGAGUCUGCGCAGAGGUCGCCUAUUAACAUACACGGAUUCGAAAAUGCUGCCGGUUCAUCUCUCACGAGUAGCUUGGCACCACCUACUCCAAUGUCGCCUAGAGAGAGACAGAUGACACUGAAAAGGGAGAAUUCAUCAUCUCACGAAGAUGAUUUGAAUUUCAUGUUCGAUUUGUCUAGCAGCCAUGAUGGUCUUCCCACUUUGAUAGACCCUAAUCAGGCCACUGACCAAACGCCUCCAGAGACACCACAAGCCUCAUUAGGACUCCAACAAACAAACACAUCCGGAUGGCCAAAUAAUAUUGAGCACAACAAUACUGAGCAGCAUUGGAAUUACGACAUUCCGGAUGACCCUCUCUACACACCCAGCCACGAUCAUUUCGCUGCAGAAUUAUCAAUUCCUCAACCUUCGUAUGCCAGCCAACCAGUAACACCUGCUUUCGGUAGUUUUAACAACCAAGGAGGUCUCCUCCUAGGCAACGGUCAUGAUUCUCCACAGUUCAACAAUAACGCCAGUCCUUUAUACACAUUGUCGAAUGGCGGAUCUGCUGAGUACUCCUUUCCACAUGAUGCACUCACACAAUUUUCGAACAUUGGCUUGGUGGGCAGCUCUCCAACAAUGACGACGAAGCAGAAACAAUAUCAAUUUUCCAAUGUCACUCCCGCUGACUAUUCGGAGAAAUAA